AUGGGAUUUGGAGUAAACUGGUCCGGAGUUGCUCACGGACUCGGCUGCAGGAGAAGGCGAAGGGUAGUGCGGCGCAUAGCCUCACAGUUGCCUUUGUUCCUCUGCCCUCUGGCCCUCGCUGCCCGGGCGGACGGGACCACGGGGGAGCCAGCGAGACCAGAUCAAAAGUCCGGCGUCAACCAGUAUCGCUACCUGGCCCCUAAAGAUGCCCCCUAG